AUGGCCUCGCAACUGCAGCACCAGGAGGAGAAGCCCUCCAUCCGCCAACGCGGCACCGACGCCUUCAAGUGGGCGAUCGGCUACAAUGACAACGAGAUCAACCGCGUCGGCGUGCCCGUCGUCAGCAGUCGCGACUGGCUCGGCAACAUCUUCCGCCACCCGGGCUCCAAGGCCAACGACUACUUCGACAGCCUCUUCCCCUUCCGCAAGUGGAUCGCAUCGUACAACACCCAGUGGCUCAUCGGCGACAUUAUCGCCGGUAUCACCGUCGCCCUCGUCGUUGUGCCCCAGUCCAUGUCCUACGCAAAGCUCGCAGGCCUCAAGCCCGAGUUCGGUCUCUACUCGUCGUUCGUCGGCGUCAUGAUCUACGCCAUCUUCGCCACCUCCAAGGAUGUCACCAUCGGCCCCGUCGCCGUCAUGUCGCUCCAGACGUUCAAUGUGGUCCAGCACGUCUUGCAGCGCACGCGCGAGUGGGCGCCCGAGACCAUCGCCACCGCCCUCGCCUUCCUGUGCGGUGUCAUCUGUCUCGGCAUCGGUCUGCUGCGGCUGGGUUUCAUCAUCGAGUUCAUCCCCGCUCCCGCCGUGGCUGGAUUCAUGACGGGCUCCGCCAUCCAGAUCGCCGCCGGUCAGGUGCCCAAGCUGCUCGGCCUGUCCAAGGUGCAGACCAACAGCAAUCCCGCCUACCAGGUCAUCAUCGACACGCUCAAGGCUCUGCCCGACACCAACAUCAACGCGGCGUUCGGUCUGCCUGCGCUCGUCUUCCUCUACUGGAUCAAGUGGUUCUGCGGAUGGCUGCCUACGCGAUACCCGCGCACCGCCCGCACCAUGUUCUUCGUCUCGGUGCUGCGUAACGCUUUCGUCAUCAUCGUCUUUACGGUCGCUUCGAGAAUCUGGCUCGGCCACUACUCGAACCCCAAGAAGUACCCCAUCUCCAUCCUCCUCACCGUGCCGCGGGGAUUCAAGCACAUCGGUCAGCCCGUCCUCAACACGCGCCUGCUCUCGGACCUUGCCCCCCGUCUGCCCGUCUCGGUCGUCGUGCUGCUGCUCGAACACAUCGCCAUCGCUAAAUCGUUUGGUCGUCUCAACAACUACAAGAUCAACCCCAACCAGGAGCUCGUCGCCAUCGGCGUCACCAACCUCGUCGGUCCGUGCUUCGGCGCUUAUGCGGCUACCGGUUCGUUCUCGCGAACGGCGAUCAAGUCCAAGUCCGGCGUGCGCACCCCGCUUGCCGGUUGGUUCACCGGUAUCCUCGUGCUCAUCGCCAUCUACGCGCUCAGCGGCACGUUCUACUGGAUCCCCAACGCCGUCCUCUCCGCCGUCAUCAUCCACGCCGUCACGGACCUGGUGGUGCCGUUCUCGGUCUCGUACAAGUUCUGGCUGAUCAACCCUUUCGAGCUCAUCAUCUUUGUGGGUGCUGUGGUUGCCACCGUGUUCUCGGGCACCGAGACGGGUGUGUACGUGUCGGUGGCGGCUUCGCUUGCGCUGCUGCUCAUCCGCAUUGCCCGCCCCCGCGGUCGAUGGCUCGGCAUCGUGCGUGUUCACCACGGCACCACCGCGCCCAACGAGUCGGCUAUUACUCUGUCCCACCGCGAUGUGUUUGUGCCGCUCGACGACAAGGACGGCAUGCGCGACCCGUCGAUCCACGUCGAGCCUCCCCCGCCCGGCGUGCUCAUCUACCGCUUCGAAGAGGCCUUUACCUAUCCGAACGCCUCGCACCUGGCCGAUCUGCUGAUUGACAGGGUUAAGGAGACUACGCGUCCGGGAAAGCCCGCUUCGUCACAGCGUCUGGGUGACCGUCCGUGGAACGAUCCCGGUCCGCCCAACCCGCACCUCGUCAAGGCGGCACGGGCCGUCACCUGCCGAGGCCGCAAGAACGCGCUCGAUGACUCGGAUGCGCUUGCUGCCGUCCGCGACACACGCCCCAUCCUGCGCGCUAUGGUCUUUGACUUUAGCUCGGUGAGCAACAUCGACACCACGUCCGUGCAGACGCUCGUCGACGUUCGCACUGCCGUCGAGCGGUAUGCCGACGCCAAGGUCGAGUUCCACUUUGCCAACAUCCUUUCCCCCUGGAUCCGACGAGGCCUUCUUGCCGGUGGCUUUGGACUGGGCUUCCCUUCAAAGCGCAUCACUGAUGUGGCGCCCGUUGUGUCGCAGCCGCAAAACGCCACGCUGAGUGCGCAGGAGUUGCAGAGGCGCGAGGAUGCCGAAGCCGCGCGCCGCGCCAAGGCCAUCGAACGUAUGAGCCACAAGAGCGCCAACGAAGGCUCGGCCUACCCGUUCAAAGGUCGCCCCACCAAGCCGCUCACCGAGCUCGAGGCCGGCCUUGCAGGCGAUGGUGCCGCCGCCAGCAGGAGCCGUGUCGACUUGCACGAUGACACGGACGACACUGAUCCCGACCGCAUCCUGACGACCCGCAAGGUCGCCAUUGGCGAGGCACUGUACGAUGUCCACACGCUCGAGGAGGGUCAGCGCGCCGAGUCGUCCAACUCCUCCCCGUCGCGAAACAGCCUCGAAAAGGAUGUUGAACAGGGUCACCGCGAGGACCGCAGACCUUCCAACCCCGAAUCCCAGGUGUCGGUGCCUUUUAUCUGGGGCAACGACCUCACGCCUUUCUUCCACCUCGACCUUUCCGCUGCCCUUGCAGCGGCUUCUGAGGGCAUCGGCGCAGACUCCCAGACCAGCUCCACCAUCGACAAGGGCCUCUAA